AUGCCGGCGCAGUCCUCUACCGAGAGCUCUGGCGCAUCGAAGGAAUGGCCCCAGAGCAACUCAACGGCGGAAUUGCCCUCCUUCUACUCGCCACCCUCGAAGCCCACCGAGGAGACGACAACAGACAACUCCAAGGCCAACGACACCACCAAAGUUAUUUCCAACUCUAAUGAGCCGAACCAGAUCCUCUCUCCCAUCCCUACCUACGACCGAAUUUCCCUAGAUACCCCUGCCCCUUCGUCCACUACCACACCCGGUUCAGUCCCACCUCCACCCUCGCUUCUCUCCCCAUCCUUCACCCCUCCCGCGACCCCCGGCACGCCAGCUGCCGAUGGUGCGCCCCGGCUAAAGAGCGUACCCGUCGACAGCACAAUCCCCAGCGGCGGCUGUGGCGCGAAACGACCUCGGCUCCUCGAGACGUUGCCGAAUGUCGAAUGCAUCGUGCGCGCACGUAUUCCCACAGUGUCCGGGUCGGAAAUGUUCCUGCAUCUGUACACCAAUGACGUCGACAACAAAGAGCACCUAGCCAUCGUUUUCGGCCCCCAUAUUCGAAGCCACUCGCUCGAUGCACCGAGGCCUGGUGAGACCGAGAUGGAUCGGAUGAUUCGGGGCGCGUAUGUCGGGAAGCUGUAUCCAGGAAGGACGAGCAGUCGCCAGACCGACGAGGCAUCCUCAUCUUCGACCCCGGCAGGAGAUCCCCCUGCGUCCGCGGGCAGUAGCACAGGCUUCGGCACGCCGUUGGUGCGCAUCCACUCGGAAUGCUAUACCGGCGAGACGGCGUGGUCGGCGCGAUGCGACUGCGGCGAGCAAUUGGACGAGGCGGCGCGGCUCAUGGGCCAUCCCGACAACACAAGCGGCGGCAUUAUAAUCUACCUGCGCCAGGAGGGUCGAGGCAUCGGGCUCGGAGAGAAGCUGAAGGCAUAUAAUCUCCAGGAUCUCGGGUCCGACACCGUCGAGGCGAAUCUCUUGCUUCGCCAUCCCGCGGAUGCGCGGAGCUACGGUCUGGCGACGGCGAUAUUGAGGGAUCUUGACCAGAAGGAGAUUCGGCUGCUGACGAAUAACCCUGAUAAGAUUCGGGCUGUGGAGGGGCCGAAUAGGGAGGUUGUUGUGACGGAGAGGGUGGCUAUGGUUCCGUUGUCUUGGAGGGGACAGAAGGGGAUUCGCAGCACCGAGGUCCAGGCGUAUCUUGAGACGAAGAUCAAGAAGAUGGGCCACAUGCUCGACUUUUAA